GAUAUUAAAAAUACGCGUAUCUACCUUUUAUUUUCAUAAGAAGAAAGAUUUAAAAGUUAAGUUACAUCGCUCGACAACUCGUUAAAGGUCGGGCCUCAUAAGCUUUAAUGUAAAGGCAUCCUCUAGUAUAGCUUGUUGCGCGGCUGGAUUGUGUGUUGCAACCCACAAGUGGCCUAAGAGAAUAAAUAUCCCGUAAAUAAAUUAGAGAAUAUUCCGAUAUUUAUUACGUUGAAAGCUGAGAGUCUAUCAGGCUUCGUGAUAUAAAACAGGAGGUAGCGCGAAACGUGAAGAAAAAUGGCAAGCUCCGCCAGGAAGAGGAUAUUGGUAGGUUGCACGGGUAGCGUGGCCACGAUCAAGCUGCCGCAGCUGGUGGAGAUGCUGCGGCAGAACAAUCUGGAGGUGAGGGUGGUCGUGACGGAGAGAGCCAAGCACUUCCUGAAGGACGCUCAGCUGCCGUCUGACAUCCAGAUCUUGUCCGACACGGUGGAAUGGGCCGCUUGGCAGGACCGCGGCGAUCCGGUGCUGCACAUAGAUCUGGUGAAGUGGGCGGACGUGUUCGUGAUAGCUCCGUUGGAUGCCAACACCCUGGGCAAGAUUGCCAGUGGCAUAUGCGACAAUAUUGUUACCUGCGUGGCACGCGCAUGGGAUCCUUCAAAGCCGCUCCUCUUCUGCCCAGCCAUGAACACCAGGAUGUGGGAACAUCCAGUUACAAUGCCUCAAGUAUCGCUGCUCAAAUCUUGGGGCUACAAGGAGGUGCACUGCAUAUCCAAGACACUGAUGUGCGGCGACGUGGGCAUGGGCGCGAUGGCCGAGGUGGACACAAUCGUGCGAGCCAUUAUGCGAGCCUUGAAUCCCUGGAUAGAUCAGUCGGAUUUGUGUCCCUAGCAGCGGCUGAGAUCGUCCUCCUCGUGCGAGCCUCGUCGACGACCUCGCGAGUAUCGAUGAAGCUCCGUCACGUCGAGUGCGCGAUCGAUCAUCCCAAAGAGAUCUCCAAAGAUGCGCUAUGGUGCGAUUCGAACAUACGCUUAAUAAGGCACACGCCAAUGUCGCUUAUCUCCUAACAAAGAAAUUGGCGGGACGAGCCUAAGGCCCGAAUCUGUCGGACCGUAUACGGAUCAUGUAUAAUUAAGAGUUUACGUUUUAUCAGCGAAAACAUCUUCAAAUUUUUCUCACAGUUAUGUUGUCCAUCGAGAAUUUUAUUCUCUUGCUAUUGUAUUAGGACGAACUUAUCAUGUCGUCAUGAGUUCACCGUUAGUUAGAGACCCUAAGCUACGUAAAUAGCGAAAUUUGAGUUUGAACGCAUCAUGGUCGUCAUAUCCUUUGCUCAACCUAAAUCAAUAAAAUUAAUCGUACCGUGAGGAACAAACGAGAUAAUCGUAAUUUUGUCUGUCCAGUUGGCGUAAUGCGAUGUAUAAAAAUGCUGUAAAGAGAAGGAAAAAAUUCUGUUGACAUAUCCUAAAGUUGAUCCGCUGGAAUGUA